CGCGUCGGUUACCGCAGCUUACACAACUCCUGAUAUAAAACUGCUGCACCAUCACCGAAACGACAAUUUAACAAGAAGAUCGAACCCAACACCCGCAUCAGCUCACGCCGCAUCAUGAGGUCGCUCCUCUUCUAUACACUAGCCUUGAUAUUGAUUCUCGCAAUUGUCGACGCUCGUAGGCUGCCCUCUUCUAAAUCCCGAUUCGACUCGGAUAAGGCCUCCUCGGAUAAGGUUUCAGUGGAGUCCACUGACCAGGAGCCUGCGGCCUCCGGACAUAAAAAGGAUCAUCACCAUAACCAUGAACAUAAAAAGGGAGGCGGCAAGGAACACCACGCCGAGCACCACAACGACCACGGCGAGAAAGGCCACAAGGGAUACAAGGGCCAUCACCACCACGAGGAAGGUAAAAAAGGGCACCACGACAAGGAGCACCACAAGGGGGAGUACGACGACCACGGCGGCCACGACAAGAAGCACCACCACGAGGACGGCCACUACGACGAGUACCACAAGGGCGACAAGGGCGAGAAGGGACACAAGUACGCCGAAAAAGGACACUACAACAAGGGACACUCGACCAAGGGCCAUCACGAGGUACACAAGCUUGACGAGUUCAAGAAGGACAAACACUUUUUCGACGAGGAAGGUGAUUCCGGCCACGAAGAAAAACAUGGCGGUUUCCACGAGGAGCACGGACACAAGAAGGGAGGUCAUUUCAAGAAAGGACAUCAUCAUGGAGGGCAUCACGAGCACGAGCACGGCGAGAAGGGCCACCACGAGAAGGGCGGCCACCACAAGGAGCACAAGGGCCACAAGGAGGCCGCCGGCCACGACGAGCACUACCACCAUCACAAGGACCACGCGCACAAGGGAGGCCACGAGCACCACAAGAAAUACGGCUACAAGAAAGGUCACUGAUGAUGUCACUUCGAAUAAUAUUUUACUUAUGGUUUGCAAUGUUUCAGGAGCGGUCGCAUUUGUCUUCGUUACGAUACGCGUAAAUUAUUUGCCAAAAAAAUAUUUAUUUAUUAGUUAAGUGCUUUAAAAUGACUAGUUGUUUAAGAGUCUAGACUUAGUUCGUAAUAAUAAUAAUUUGAGGCUCGAAUCGUAAAAGUGGGUCGUUAAAAGGCAAUUUUGAUGUCGCCCUGCGAUAGUUGCGGGUCGUUGCGCCACCAACCUAAAGGUGAGGCCAUCUAGGUAUCUAAAUACUUACAUUAUGUAUUACUUACAUCAAUGACGCUAGGGAUUAUAAGUAGUGUCUAAUAAAUUCUCUACGGCUCUACGGUUUUUCCACACUGAAGAAAGAAAUAUAAUAGGAUUAUUUAGGUAAAAACGACAAAGCGAAUAGACUCGAUAACGGGCAUGCAGUAAGAUAUUAUCUUCUCGGUUAUACUCGAGCUUGUCGAGCCCUAGUUUAGUAGGUACUUAUGAAAACACUACGACCCGGUUUCAUUGUCCGAAACACGAAAUACAUAUACGAAAAUUAAAUUGCUAAAAUAUUUUAUUCGCAACAGCAAUCA